AUGGCGGUCACCUGACACACUUCAGUCCACUAGUCCACUGUUAAAAUAAAGUUGGUUGACGGUACAUGUGAGAAAUAAAUAUAAUUAAUAAAAAUGGCUUUACACGUUCCAAAAGCACCGGGUUUUACCGGUAUGAUGAAAGAGGGUUCACGAUACUUCAGUGGGCUCGAGGAAGCGAUUUACAGAAACAUCACUGCGUGCAAAGAAUUUGCACAGACAUUGCGCACUGCCUAUGGUCCCAAUGGUAUGAACAAAAUGGUAAUUAACCAUUUGGAGAAGUUGUUUGUAACUAGUGAUGCUGGUACGAUUAUGAGAGAGUUGGAUGUUGAGCAUCCCGCGGCUAAGAUUAUGGUGAUGGGGUCUCAGAUGCAGGAAGCCGAGGUUGGAGAUGGUACUAACUUUGUUGUUAUUUUUGCUGGAGCACUUCUUGAAGGUGCUGAGGAGCUUUUGCGACUUGGUAUCACCACAUCAGAAAUAGUCUUAGGAUAUGAAACAGCGUUGGAAGUGUCUCUGGAAUUUUUAAAAUCUCUCGUAGCCUAUGAAAUUACGGAUGUCAGGAAUGUCGAUGAGGUUAAAAAAGGUUUGAGGGCUGCAAUAAUGAGUAAACAGUACGGAAACGAAGACUUCCUGGCUGAGCUGAUCAGCGAGGCCUGUGUGUCUAUUUUACCCGAGAAAACUACCUUCAACGUCGACAACGUUAGAGUUUGCAAGAUUUUGGGUGCUGGUUUGCAUACGUCACGUGUUAUUCAGGGUAUGGUGUUCAAGAGACAAGUCGAAGGCGAUGUCUCCAAACAGCUUAACGCUAAAAUAGCUGUUUAUACCUGCCCUGUUGACAUUACUCCCACCGAAACUAAGGGUACUGUCUUAAUCAAGAGCGCUGCCGAGCUUGUUAACUUCUCACGGGGUGAGGAGUCGCUUCUCGAGUCGCAAAUUAAAGCUAUCGUUGACACCGGGGCUAAAGUUAUUGUUUCUGGUGGAAAAAUAGGUGACAUGGCACUUCAUUUUCUCAAUAAGUACAACAUUAUGGUUGUACGCAUUCCAAGUAAAUUUGACAUCAGGCGUCUUUGCAAAGCUGUUAAUGCUACUGCUUUGUCUAAAUUGACUCCACCAACUCAAGAAGAACUUGGAUUUGCUGACUCAGUAUACACUGAUGAAUUAGGAGAUACCGAGGUUGUAGUAUUCAAAUUAGACAACAAGGAGAGUAGAAUUAGUACCAUAGUCGUACGAGGCUCCACUGAGAAUCACAUGGACGAUAUUGAACGUUGUAUUGACGACGGUGUUAAUACAUUCAAAGGGAUAACUAGGGACGGUAAAUUCAUAGCAGGAGCUGGAGCUGCGGAAAUUGAACUGGCUGCUCACGUCGCCACUUAUGCUGACACCCUUCCUGGUUUGGAUCAAUAUGCUGUCAGGAAAUUCGCUAAUGCGCUUGAAGUUUUCCCCAAAACUCUUGCUGAGAACACCGGAACUCGCGCUUCUGAACUGUUGUCCAAAUUGUAUGCGGCUCACAAAGAAGGAAAGAAGUUCCAUGGUUAUGAUAUCGAGGGAGCUGGAGUAGCAUUAGUAGACGCCGUCGAAACUGGAAUUUUGGACUCAUACAGAACAAAAGAGUGGGCUUUGAAAUAUGCGGUUAAUGCUGCCUGUACUAUCCUGAAGGUCGAUCAAAUAAUAAUGGCCAAGCGCGCCGGUGGACCUAAAAUGCCACCUCAAGGAGGCGGACACAAUAGUGACGAUGAAUAAAAACAUUGAGACUGUUGGCGACAAUAAACUUAUUGUUUUUAUAUCUUGUCCAUUUAAUUACAUUAAAUUAAAUACAUUACAUAAAAAAAAAUUUAUAAAUAGAUUAACAGAGAAAACGCAGAUCUUGGAAAAAAAUCUCGGGAUAUUUUUUCAGAUCUUUAAUCUUAACAUGAAAGCGGAUCUAAUUUUUUUCUAUAAAAACCUAACGCUUUGCACUUUUCUACUCAUCCAAUCACGCAAUUUUUUGUCAUGUAAUUAUUUAUUAAGAGAUAAGAUUUAAUGUUUUAAUAAAAAUCGUAAUUUUCAGAAA